UCAGUUGAAUUUGUAAUAGGGAGCCAUUUGGAAAUCAAAAUAGCUGGGGAACUGAAAGCUGCCUCUUGCAAAUUCUGCUAAUAAGAUGAACAGAGUCCCAUUAGCUGACGUGUAAAAGAGAUUUACAACUGAUCAUCAGGAUCAGAUUAUUUCAGGGACAGAGAGUACUGUGUUCUUGAGUUGUCAUUUUCAUUACCCUGUUGUAAUUGUGAGCUUGGUAUUGAUUUAUCCCAAAUUGGCCUUCUUGAGUUUGACAAGGGCAAUUUUGAAGGGUGAAGGUUGCUUUGUCCAUCCAUCCUGAAAUCCAUUCAACCAUCAGAGAUUCAGCUAUUACUUGUUUUGGAAGUCGGUCGGUUACAGCCACUCUGAUUCUGUUCACAGAGACCUGCGGCUAUAAUUAUUCUCCCCUUCACCAAAUACUUCGGAAUUUUCUGUUGAAAUAAUAUCACCAGGUCUAAAACUACCAAGAAACAGAUGCUUUGUUUCUGAAAGUGAAGGAUCCGGCAAAAGUAAAUGCAUUUAUUAAGCAUGCAUUUGCAAAUUGAAUUGAUACUUUUUAUCAUUUUUGCAACUCACCAAAUUGAUGGAAAUGAAGAUGGUGUUGCAAUAGAGAAUACAAGGGAGAUGAAAAAUAAUCCUGCACCGGCACAGUCUCUGAAUGGAGCAAACAGCCAACAAUCUUCAACCAUUGGAAGGAUAGUCAACUGGGCUGCCAAGUACAGGACCAAAAGGUCAACGUUCUUCCCGAAUGGAGUUAAAGUUUGCACCACAGAAUCAAUGAGGCAGAUCAUGGCCAGUCACCUUGCAUAUUACAAGUUAAAGGUUUGUCAGGAGGCAGUCUGGGAAGCAUUUCGGAUUUUCUUGGACAAAAUUCCAGAGAAUGAAGAGUACCAGAAAUGGGUCAAUAUUUGUCAGCAAGAAACACACUACCUAUUCCAGAUUGGGCAAAACUUCAGUGAAUCUCAAGAACAUCUAACCAUGGUUCAAAGGAGACUGGGAAUUCGAGGCAGUGAUCUUCAACCAAGUAUUCCUGUGGAUAAUCAGCCAGGUGAACUUACUACACUAACAACAGAGAUCCCUUUUGUCCCAGUGUCAAAAACUACAUCAAUUCCAAACAUUGUGGUCUCUAAUGAGAUAGUGAAUGAAACUAAAAUUCCUGUUAAGGGUCUGCAUGUAACCAACAUUGUCCCAGAACAGCCACCAGAACAGGUUGUGGAGUUCAGCAUUAAACUCAACAAUCAAAGUUACAGCAAGGAGUUGAGUGAUCCAAACUCACUUGAAUAUCAGGAACUUAUCCAAAGGUUUGAGAUUCAGAUGCAAAAUCUUUUUGAAAUCCUGCCAGGAUUCAAAGAAAUUCGGGUGUUAGGGUCCAGUGCGGAUGGUCAUGUGAUUCGUUUUUCCGCCAUCUUUGGUAAGAGAGCCGCCACACUGAGUGACAUUCGAAAUGACGUGCUAAACAUUGGUUCCAAUAAAGUCGAGAAUGGAGACUUGCUGUUUGAGCCACAAGAGGAGCUCGCAGAGAAACCAUUGACCACCAUAACAGUAACCAGAUUUCAAGAUAUGGUUGCCAUGGCACUACUAAAUGAUACAUCUUUUUCAAUGGAUCCAAAUUCAAUUCGAUUUACUCAAGCCUCUGAUGGUCUCAACCAGUUGGGAACCAAUGUGGCUCCGACUUCCAUCAAACCGGAGAGGGAUUUAAGUCCAGCAAUCACUGAAGAAUUUGUGGGGAGCAAUUUGCUGGAGAAGAUUCCAACCACCCCUUCAGAAGGAAAAAUUGAUGAAGUCAUUAAUGAAGUUAUAACUGAUACCAUAGUACAGACUACACAAAUAGUUCCAAUCCAGUCUGGAGCCAUUAGUAUCCCAAAUGAUCUGCCAAGUCAACUACUUCUGACAGAACCAUCACUUACUGUCCCAGAGGAAAGAUUCUUAGAGAAAGAGACCGCAUCUGUGCUACUGACUAGUUCUAAUGGAGAUGUGACUGGAAGUGGACACCAGAUUAGUAGUCCUACAUUUACAACCACGGUUUUAAUGACUAGUGUUCCUCUAGUGGCAGAAGUGAUUAAUAUAUCCAGCUCUGUUUCACAGAUGACCAGUGAUGAAGACAUAACUGGUGUCACGUAUUCUGCUGCAGAUCAGCCCAAAUACAUGAAAGAAACCAAACCAACAAUUACUGAAGAAACUUUUAGUAGAAUGGCUACUUCAACUGUACAGGUUGAACACGUGCAGGAAACUGAGGUAUAUUGGGAAAUGAAAGAGGAUGUUACAGAUGGGGUUAUUGGUAGGGCCACUUCUCCUCCUCCAACUGCACAAUCUGAGCACAAAGAAAUAAAACAGAAUGUUACUCUGGAUGAAAAUUCUGUUAGUACCACAGCUCCUGCUAUGGUCAUCACUGACGAGACUGAAGAUGGCUUUAUUGCUCAUAGGAUCACAGAGUCUCCUACUGCACAACCAGUCAAUCAGAAUCUGUCCUUAGAUGCAAAGAUUCAGCAACUAGUGGAACAACACCACACUAACACUCUGCUUCCUUACAUAAAGCAAGUCCUUCCACACCAGGCUGAAGGAAACAUGGAGUCAAACAUCAUUGAACAAGCACAGCAGUUGAGCAGUGUCAUUCACACUACAAUCUAUCCAUUUAUUUUCAAUCAGGAGACAAUAACUCAUACUGUGGCAGAAGCUUCAACAGAAAAUGACCAGGGCACCAGUGCGAGGAUCACUCCUUCCCAGGAAACCACAAGUGACGAUCGAAUUGGACCAAUAUUUGAUGCAGGAGAAAAUGAUAUCAGCAUAGUAAUAGGCUGGACAUCACAACCAAUUGGUAUAAGUAAGGCAGAAGAACAUCAAAAUCCAUCUCCUCAUGACAGCUUAAGAAGAACAUCUGAAGAAAAUGUUGCCACACCACUAUUAACAAAUGACAUUUCACAAGCCCAAAUGUCAGCAACAGACAGCUGGACAGAUCAAAGGUCCACUUCAUUCAAGUUCACAACACCAAAAACAACAACCACUGAACCUGGAAACUCUUUAACAAGCUCUCCAGUUUCAUCUCUGCCAAUAGCAGUUAUGCUGCCAACUGCUGACCAGCUUCAUUCUACAGCUAGGAGUGAGUUGGAUGGUGAGGACAACAUUCCUCCCAAUGUGCUGCUCACAACAGCUGCUCCUCACAACUCCAGUAAUAAAACUACAGGUUUUGAAACAGGAGAGGAAGAUAUUGGAGGUGAAUUUAUCAUUGGGGAUACAGAGAUUGUAGUCAGCACAGACAUACUGGAUGGAGGAAAGCAUGAAGCUUCCUCCACCACAUCAUCUCCUCUCAAGUAUUUCAUAUCAAGCUCCUUGACGUCUGCUCCCUCAAAAGAACUGGUUGUGUUCUUCAGUUUACGAGUCACUAACAUGCUGUUUUCCGAUGACCUUUUCAAUAAGAGUUCCCUGGAAUACAGGACACUGGAACAACAGUUCCUUCAACUGCUGUUACCAUACUUGCAGACCAAUCUGACUGGAUUUAGACAACUGGAGAUUUUGAAUUUCCGGAACGGCAGUAUUGUUGUAAACAGCAAGAUGAAGUUUGUCAAGUCUGUGCCAUACAAUGUCACCCAAGCAGUCUACUGUGUCUUAGAAGAUUUCUGUAAUGCAGCGGCCCAAAGGAAUAACCUGGAAAUUGACAGAUAUUCUCUAGAUGUGGAACCAGCUGAUCAAGCCGAUGCAUGUAAAUUCCAGGCAUGUAAUGAAUUCUCUGAAUGCCAUGUCAACAAACAAACAGAAGAAGCUGAGUGUGUGUGCUACCCUGGUUAUACCAGUGUGGAUGGACUGCCCUGCCAGAGCAUCUGCAACCUCAGAUCAAACUAUUGUCUCAAUAAUGGCAAAUGUGAAAUAGAUCCAGAGAAGGGAGCUGUGUGCAGAUGCCACAUAGAUUCCGAAUGGUCAUAUCGAGAGGAAUAUUGCACUGAGCUUGAGACUGAGCCACUAAUUACCAUGGUUACUAUUGUGUCCAUUUUUGGUUUGCUGCUCCUUGUUUCAUCCAUUACUCUCAUCUUGGCAAAGAUAUUCCAUAAAUUGAUGAGAAACAAGAAGGAUCAAUUGCUAAACAUCAAUGGCACUGUCAGCAAGGCAAAUGUUAACCAAGCUUUCGAACAUGAUGAACCAUUGAUAUUUGACCAUCAACAACCAACUGAUUCUUCCAGCAUGCCUAGCUGUUCUUGCACCACCUAUGCUGUUGCAACGCCCACUCAGGAAAAUGUGAACUUUAGCAAAGAGGUCACUGGAGUCCCAUCCAAAGGCUCAUCUGACAAGCUAGCAUUGAAAACCAUGCAGUCUGAGCAAUAUCUACAACCUAGAGAGUUUUGGACAUUACCAGAAUUGCAGGUGAAUAGUGCAUCUUACCAUAAUCUACCGUCAAGAUGGAAAACGAAACCUCUCACUGAAGUGACCACUUUCUGAAGAGCAGUUCAAUCACAGACAGCAUUCACAUGAGACCCGAAGCCUCUGCCUUGUACAGUAGUUCUGAUAACUCCAUUCAGUUAUAUUUCUGUAUUUUAAUAUCUAUCUUGACAGCUAUGUAUUGGAGAAUGUAACAAUGAUAUAGUAUACAUGGAGAAGGGCUAAUUAGUACUGUUCUUGAAGUAGACACAUAAAAUUGAAAUUUCUUAAAAUCAGGAAAUGUAGUGUUAGAGUAGAAUGCAGGCGGCUAAUGUACAUUUUACUAUAUUACUUUAACAAGAGUGAUUUCUUUGUCUCUGUAUGUUCCUCAUCUUUAAGAGUUUCCAUAAAGCCUACCUCUCUGAUCAAUUGUUUUGGUUUUUCUCCAAAUACCAAUGUAUCUAGUGCACUGUCACAUUGCUGCGCGGCACCGUAGAAUGUAUUACUAUAGGUAAGGUGAAAUGCUUUAAUAAGUGUAAUUUGUUAUUAUAAGCACAAUACAUUGGCAUUUCUGGAAAAGUAACAAUAUUCUAACGUAACAGAAAAUAAUCAAAAUCGCUGCAAGUACUGAAAUUAAUACUUCAUGUGUAAGAUUAAAAACUUCAAAAUCUUCAUUUCCCAUUUACAAAUCCUCAAGAACCAAUAAAUUUGACCCUUCUGGCUCCUCUACCUUUCUGAGUCAACACAGUCCCAUGGUUCAUUUGUCUCAAAUUUCUCGUAGAUUUCCCUAACCUUCCUCCUCCAUACCACCAUCCAUGACAGAGCUUUCAGCUUCCAUUACCUAUUCUCUGAAACUUAUCUAUCUUCUCUCUGACCUUUAAAGAUCCUUGGAAAACCAGUUUCACAAUGUUCCCACAUUUAAUUUGUCAAUUUAAGAUCAUUAUUCUUUUCUCACUCUUUUCUCUUUCAAUAAAAACCCUUUGGAAUAUUUUCUGUCAUUAAAGGUGUGACAAAUGCAAUUCUCUUUACUGUACGCUUUAUCUUCCUAAUGUAAUGUUUUGUACGAUCAUAGCAAGAAAAUGAUUUACUUGUGUUGAGAAUCAUUCUUGUAAGAAAUAAAUGUAUACAAAGUACUAAAUCCAAUUCAUCCAGUGAGGGUCAUUUAAUUGAGCCUGCAAGAGAGGGAAGCGUGGUGUGAAGGGUGUUUGAAUUAGGAAGGAAGAGAUGCACAGAUUAAAUAGUAGUGUGUUUGUGUCAAGUGAGGCCUUAUGCCAGUCUGUAGCAGUUUCCCACUUGUGAUAUAUUUGUUUGUCGUAGAUACAAAUUCAUGUAAAACUUCUUAAACUUGUGUCUGACCUUUAUGAUAAAGUUGUUGCUAUGCAAGAAUCUUAUGGGACCCAUUUCAGCCCAUUUAAAGGUGAUUAACUAUCCCCUUUGUGCAGUUGUGUCUGAGGUCGACAGGUUUUCUUGCUGAACUCUGCAGCACAAGGGAGGGGAACAGAGAAAAGCAACUUGCCUGGAGGGUCAGGAUUGGCAAGAGUGAGUUAAUAGUAAGGGAGGUGAUUGUGAAGUGGAGUUGGGGAAAUGGAAGAAUAGAGAGUGGAAGAGGGAAGAGUUUGGCAUCUGGGUGUGGUGGCGGGUUGAUGGAACACAGUCAGUCAAAGUAAGAAAAUAACUGGCAUAAAAGCAGUGUCAAUAUUGUCCAUAUGUGUCCUCACAGAGUUCACAAACAAUAACUUAAUUACCUCUGUUGAGAGUAAUUUUAGGCUGUGCCCUUUGCAGUGCAUACAAGGGAGAGGCGCUGAGCCUGCAAUUUUGGUCAAGCCGCCAAAGAGUAAUGGUACAGCACUGGGCACUAACAUGAACAUUCAAUAGACUGAAUUCAAAAGCACACACUUUUUCUUCUACAGUAGAGAAACAUCCCUGCCUCAGAGGUCAGUUAAAACUCAACUGGGUAGGGAAACUUGAUUUUUUUUUCCUCAAAGGACAUAAAUGAACCAAAUAGUUUCAUGGUUACCAUUAUUGAGUUAGGUUCUUAUUCCAGAUAUAUCAUCUAUGCAGAGCAAUGAAGUCAGGGAAGAGCAGAUAGUACUAACCAGGAGGAACCAUGUUCUAGAGAUCCCGGCUAAUUCAUCAACUAGCAGUGCUCAAAAGUCAUAGAGACAGAGGGCAAAUGCAUCCCAAAAUGCCAGAAAUUUCAAUCAUGAUGCAGACAGUCCCCGAAUUGCAAACAGGUUCAGUUCUGGAGUCUGCUCAUAAGUUGGUUUUUAUGCAAGCUGGAACACAAUGCAAGACAAUACAAAGGAACCUUCUGUAAGCACACAAAAUGAUCGAAAGUUGGAUGUUUAAAAUUACACCCCUUUAUAAGAUCUUAUUCCUAAGUAUCAGCAUUUAAAAGUCAGACAUUCGUAAUUAAUUAAAGCCUAUUAAUUGGAGAAUGCUCGUCUCUGCACCGUCCAUGGUACUGUCAAAAUCUUGAGUAGGUACUUCUCCAAUCACGGGCUGCUUCACUGCUGUGAUAACAAUAGCAAAGACGGGAGAGCAACAGCCUGUGAUUGGAGAAGCAGCGAGAAGGUAUUCGGUGCUACUAAGGGGUCACAGCUUUGGAGGUUGCUGGGGCCAGAGGAGGCUAAGCAUGAGUUGGAGCCUAGUGGUAUUAUUGCUGGACUGUUAAUCCAGAGACCCAGAUACUGUUCUGGGGACCCAGGUUCAAAGUCCACCAUGGUAGAUGGCGGAAUUUGAAUUCAAUUUAAAAAAAUCUGGAAUUAACAGUCUAAUGAUGACCAUGAAUCCAUUGUUGAUUGUCAGGAAAAACCCAUCUGGUUCACUAAUAUCCUUUAGGGAAAGAAACUGCCAGCCUUACCUGGUCUGGCCUGCAUGUGACUCCAGACUCUCAGUAACGUGGUUGACUCUGAACUGCCUUCUGGGCAAUUAGGGAUGGGCAAUAAAUGCUGCCCAGUCAGCGAUGCCGUCAUCUCAUGAAUGAAUUUUAAAAAAUGACUGGGUUACCAGUGUGGCUGAAGUAUGUAUUUCUAGUCUGUGGCGGUAACUGCAGAGAGAGAGGUUGCAAAUGGGGCGAGGUAGUUAACCAGGGAAUCUACAAGGUUCUAAGGAGAUGAGGAAGAAAGAGAGAGACAAAAGCUGCUAAGGACAAGAAAUAAGAAGAAGGAAGACUGCAAAGAAUAUGAGAGUGGCCAGUUGCAAGUGGGGGUUGGGGAGAUAGUCUUGUGAGAAUGAGAAGGAAGAUGCAAGCGAAAAGCAGGAAGAGAGAGAUGCUUCAAGGAGAAGAGACUGGAAUGACUUAAGGAGGCAGGAAGAGGCUGCAAGGGGACAAGGUUUUGGAGUCUGCAAAACAAGAGAGUUCAAGAAGACGGAGCUUCAAGAGGAGUAAAUGUUGUGAGGUAGGUAGUAAGGCCACAGGCAGAGGAGGAGACGAGUGAGUGAAGCUGUAAGGGGGAUGAGAAGAGGGACACAGCAAAGGAGAGACAACAGUUUUUAAACCUGCCAACUAAGGAGUCCUCAGUUAACUAGGAGCCAGGAAGUCUGAAAUCUCUAAGAUGGAUGCAUUCUUUGCAAAGGAAUGUGAAAUCUUUACUUUAAGGCUGUAUAUGUUCAGUAACUGCUAUAUGAGAGCAAAGAAUAGUGAAUAAACAUUGUCUUGAUUAAUAAAUUUAAUGACUGUCAUCGAGCUCUGGAAUGCAAUGGAAAAGGUUCUAACAGUCUGGCUAAAAUAUUCCAAUUUUGGAUCUAUUCAUGAAACUCUUCACCUGGAUCUCACCAAUCUGGGGAAAGUGUGGUUAAGGUUUUUUUUUAUGUGUAAAAGUACAUGUCAAUAAUUUUGAAAUAAAAAAAGUGUGCC